AGCAGAUUCAACACACAACCACCACUUUUCCUCAUUAUUUACUUUUUAUAUAACUUUAUUAUAAUUUGUUGAAAACAUUUUUUAUCUUAUGAAUUUAUUUUCAUUUAAUAAAUUUAUUUUCUAUUUACUAGUUUAGGCAUACUGUGAUUUUAACAUUGCCCAGCAAUUAUAAAAAAAGAAAAGUGAGGUUGGCAACACUGUUGAUUCUAUUAUUUUACUAAAUUUCUUGGCCGCCAGCUGCCAGCAGUCGUGAACAAUUUCUAUAACAUUUUUAAUUUAAUCUUCCUAUAAAACUAACGAUUUUAAGGUGCUUAAUUUGCGUGUGAUAGUUUUAAGUUUUCCUAUAACUUUGUGUUAUUGCGACAAUAUCUUCCGCGAAGGGCGUACGCCAUUAUUAUUCACACUCUUCAAAGAUAUUCAUCAUAAUUAAUGUGCAUAUAAAACAAUUUUCACUACGUGCUGUUAUAUUGUUAUUUCGUCAUAUCUAUUUUCGUCAAGAGUCAACGUGCAAGCACCACUCAAAUUACCGAUAACAAUAUUAAUCAUUGGAGUUACUGGAAGUUGUAAACAUUAACAAAACCUCUACGAUAAUGGCACAAUCUAUACCUGGCACAACCUCCCCUGCUAAUACUAGCGCUGGCGCUGGUUUAAGCUUGGCAGGUAACUUGGGUGUCGGUGUGGAUUUAGAUUUAGUGGAUAUGAAGCACUGCUUCGAAAAUCUUAUAGUCAUUGAUGCAGGCGCCAAUUUAACAAACAAAAAAUAUAGCCGUGAUCUGGAAUCAGUUAUACAGCGAGCAAAAGAUGCAGGUGUUCAAAAAAUUAUGGUUCCAGGUACAUCGGUAAAGUCUAGCAAAGAAGCACUGCGAUUAUCACGGAUUUAUCCCGAUAUAAUCUAUUCGACUGCUGGCAUACAUCCACACGACUCCAAGUCAAUUAUCGAAGAACCAAACACAUGGUUCGAGUUCGAACAUAUUGCGGCUUCACAGGAAUGCGUUGCCAUCGGGCCUUGCGGUUUAGACUAUCAGCGUGAUUUCUCUGAGCCCGAGGCGCAAAAAGAGAUAUUUGAAAAGCAGAUACAUUUGGCUUGCCAAUUGAACAAGUCAUUGCUAAUACAUGAGCGUUCCGCGCAACAGGAUGUACUCGAUAUACUGGAUAAGUUUGAGAAUUUACCGCCUGUGAUCAUAAGAGGAUUCAUGGGCACAGCGGACGAAGCAGUCGAAUAUCUCAAUAGGAGAUUCUAUAUUAGUUUAACUGGUUAUUUAUGCAAGGACAAAUCAGAUAGUGGAGUGCGCAAACUCUUAGAAAAUGGAACUUUGCCUAUAGAUAGACUGCUUGUCGAAACGGACUCGCCGUUCAUGUAUCCAAAUACACGAGCUUCCAAGCUGCCGCAACAUGUUAAGACUGGAAUAACAGAACGUUCGCUAUUAUAUUUACAUAGGUACUGUACUUUUCAACGCAAUGAACCUUGUAGUUUGCCCGCCAUAGUUGAAAUGAUAGCUGCAUUCAUGAAGAAAACGCCAGAUGAAGUAGCUUUAGCCACUGCAUUUAAUGCUUUGAAGCUUUUUGGAUUAUCCUAAAUGUCAAUGGCUGUGAUUUUACUUAUGUAUACUGUCAUAAAAUUGCUUAGUGUGUAAAAGAGCAAUUGAAGCAUGCGCCGUUUUUCAACAAUUACAAAACGAGUAAAUGAUUGAAAGGAAUUCAAAACAAAAGUGCCAAAAUUUUAUAAGUGGUAAUAUAGUUGUUUUGCCUAAAUUCCUACAUAAACUAUGAACUACAAGACUUCGAAAGUGCCUUAAAUGAAGUGCGAAAAUCGCCAAUUGGCUGAUAAAAAAACCUAAACAAACGACAAAAUAUGCUAAAAAAUAUAUUUUUAACGAAAUCGACACCUAUUUAUUUUACACAUAUACAUACUAACUACGACGUGUUUUAAAGCGCAUGCAAACCCACAAUAUACUCAUAAAACCAACUCAAUGAUUUGAAUGAGAUGAAUCACAUUAGAGUUAGAGAAAAAAAACAGAAAACAUGAAAUUCGAAAAGUUAUUCAAAUUUAAUGCGAAUAAUACAACAUAAAGGAGUUGACCGAAAAUUUAAUGUAGAUUUUGGAUAAACGCAGGAAUAAUGGGUGAUAAUCAAAAUAAUUUAGUUGCAUACAUUUGUACUUCCCCGUCUUAAAAAAUGCUUAAAUAAUAUGCAUAUACAACAUAUCUACAUUAAAGAGUUAUACAAAAUAUAUAUAAAAUAUUAAAUACCACAACAUGACAAAAUUGCGUUCGCAUCACAUGCAUACAAUUAUACAAAGCUGUUGCAGCAACAGAAGUCGCGCGAAAAGAAAGUGCUUUGAGCCCUUCUUAUACGUAUAUACCGAAAAUACAAAAACAAGUCGUGCUGCAACUUAUUGACUAUAUUUUCAUACAUACAUACAUACAUUUGUUUUACUAUUACAUAAGAUUUUUUACGCCAAAACUUGUAAAUAUUUAUUAUUCAUUUUGUUUGAUAUUUGUUGUUGUGCUACGGAAUGUUUAUUGUGCUACGCUAACUCAAUAAUAUAUGUACGUUGGUACAUAGAAAUAGUUGUAAGUCAAAAACAAUGUGCAUGGUAACACAGUGGAUAGAUGAAAGUAACGCGGUAAA